UACAUCGAAUUGGAGAAGUUUGCAAACCAAUUGGAAACGCGGUUGCGUGCUUCGGAAGAAAAUAUCGAAGAUAUGAAUAAUCAGCUUGAGUCUGGGAGGCAACGGAUUGAACAGUUGAUGGACGAGAAGCUUAAAGAACGCAACUUAAUUAUCGUUGAACAGGAGAAUAAAAUAAAUGCUCUGAGGCAUGACGAAAGCGAACUCAAAUCCAAGUGCAAGUGUUACGAAAAGUCGGAAGCGGAAUUAAAACAACAGAAAGAAGAAGCGGCAAAAGAAGCAUCAAAGUUGAAGGAGGAAAUCGAUGACCUUAAGAAGCAAGUCGAAGCGAAGGAGAAACUGGUGUCUUAUCUGAACCUUCAAAUGGGUGAGCUUCGCAACAGGAUGGGAGCAUAUGCACUACCAGUACAACCUUCAUCCACGCAGAUUUACGGAAGUAAUUCUCUGCAAAAGGCAAGUAGCCAUCGGCCUAUCUUGGGCUUAGAGACUCAAGGUAGCGAAAUAAACCGUCGAGUCAGCUCAAGUUCCAACGUUAAGCUGGACCCAAAGUACCUAGAGCCAAACGUGCCAUGCGUGGCAGCAGUCGAAACGAAAACACAUACUUAA